CUCAACUACAACAAACCUCACUCUGAGUAUCGUCUCUCUCUACCAUCUUCUCCAUCAAUCCGUACUGAUCUAAAUCCUUCAAAAUGCUUAUCAAGGAGUCUCACGUCGACGUGCCAACCAAGGCAGACGGCAAGGAUGGUUCAAUGAGAAUCUUCCUCUUCCACCCUUCGAUUCCAGGCUAUCCCCAAGCCAAAUUCCCCGGCGUCUGCCUCUUUUCCGAGAUUUACCAAGUAACCGGCCCCGUCGCCCGCUUCGCCCGCCAGAUCGCCGGACAAGGCUACAUCGUCGCCGCGCCCUCGUCCUACCACGACUUCACCGGCCCAGAGGCCUUGGCCUACGAUGUCCCCGGCACCGACAAGGGCAACGCCUGGAAGGUUGAAAAGACUCUCGAGUCCUACGACGAAGACUCCCGCCGCACCGUAGACCAUCUCCUCACCCUCCAAACCUGCACCGGCAAAAUCGGUAGCACGGGAAUGUGUCUAGGCGGCCACCUCGCCGUCCGAGCCUCUCUCGACCCCCGCAUAACCUCCUGCGUAGCCUACUUCGCAACAGACAUCCACACCCGUACCCUAGGCCCCUACACAUCCGCAAACUCCUCCCCCACGGCCCCCGAAAACAGCACCCAUACCCUAGACCUCUUCGCCACCAACCUCACCCACGCAGAGGUAGCCAUGAUCUUUGGCGUAAAGGACACCCACGUCCCCCCCGAGGGCCGCGACCUCAUCCGCUCCAAACUCCGUGACGCGGGAGUCACGACGAGCUUUUAUGAGUUCGCGUGGGCCCAGCACGCGUUUAUCCGCGAUGAGUUGAGUAAAGGGCGGUAUGAUCCGGCUAUUACAAAGGUGUGCUUUGAGAUUUUAUUGGAGUUGUUUGGGAGGACGUUGAAGUUGGAUUUGGGUCCGUUGGAGGGCGUUGGCGAGGUCGAGCACGUGUGCUAAGUAUCAGAACACACACGUCUCUCCAGCCCAGGGUAAGCUUAUCACGCGCAUCACGUAGAUAGAAGAAAAGACCAAGCAUUGUUAAGAGGAAUA